AUGAACAUGUCUCCAACUGUCUCUGCAAUGCUUGAGGAGAGAUAUCCGGUUGAUAUUUGCUGCGGAUUGCUGAGGGAUGUUACUCCGCAUAGUGUGUUUGAGCUCAUCAGAGACAUAAAGGAUCCUGAGCAUCCAUACACACUGGAACAAUUAGGCGUCGUGUCGAGAGAAUACAUAUACAUCGAGACAGUUGAGUGCGAUGGAGCCGCUCCAGAUGUUGGGCUGCCGAUAUUGCGUGUUUGUGUAGUGUUCAGGCCAACCAUUCCGCACUGCUCGAUGGCAGCAAUCAUAGGACUUUGCAUAAAAACACAUCUUGAUCGUUUCAUACGAAGCCAUGCAAUAAGCGUCAGGAUUGCAGAUGGCACACAUGUGAAUUACAAAGCACUGAAUAAGCAGCUCAAUGACAAGGACAGAGUCAUGGCUGCAUUAGAAAACGAGACUCUGAUUGAUUUGAUGAAAGAGUGCCUUCCAGAUGUCUCAAGUGUGAAGCAUCAGUGA